AUGGCUUCCUCGCCGCAAUCCGCGCAGCCCAUCUUCUUCCGACAAGUUGUCGAUGCGACCGAUGAAGAGCUCACUCAAUUGAUUCUGCAUCAUCCAUGGUACAUUAAACCCAAGAAUGAAUGGUCUGAGCCCCCAGAGUUCGAGCUCAAGCCGGGAGAAAAUCGCCCAAGCCACAAAGAAAGGGAAAAUCUCCGUAAGAGAUUCUGGCGCUUGAGGAAGGAGGCGCUGGCACCGCCUUACCCCAUCACCGAAGAACGCCUCGAGCUCGCCGGCCGCUGGCGCAGGGUGCUCAAGAGCAUUCCUCCUGGGCCUCUCGUCUAUGACUCGCCUCUCGUCUAUGACACACCUCGCGAGCCGUUCAUUGGACCUCACAAUCACAGGGAUGUUCUCGCAAGAAGCAGGGAAAAGACGGGCUACGAGCUCCUGCUUGAGCUUGGUGGUCGGCCCGUAUAUCCUCUCGAUCGUUUAUUCAACGAUGACACCAACUAUCAUGGUCGCCGCAACCCUACCGAGGAAAGCCUACAACCGUGGAAGCACUUUCAUGAACACUCGGUACCGAGACCGUACAGUCUGAGAUGGUGGGAGUCAUCUAUCCUGCAAUUGAAGAACUGGGAACGCUUCCGCACAUGGCAGCGCGAUCACCGCGGCCCGAACGAUCAGGACAACUUCGAGGCCUUUGUCCAGGAGCAGCACCGAGACCGGAAGCUAUUGCGCGCCCCUGAUUACUCGGAUUGGUGUUUGGAAAUGGAGGACCAGCCGACAAGUCUAUGGGGCGCCUGGGAGAAGAGACAGCACGACCGGGAGACACACCGGGAACAGGGCUGCGGGAGCUUCACAGAUUAUUCCGAGGCAGCGCGGCGCCGUCUGGAAAAGAACGGAUUUCACCAUCCCUUCCAGCUUCACCCAGAUCCCAUGCAACAAGACCCUCUGACCACCUGGAUUGAGUACCUCGCCUAUGAAUACUGGUGGCUGGAUCAUUACACCGAGGCGCUUCAUGGCACGCAGGAAAAACUGCUGGGGGUAUGGGAAAGGGUUGAUUCCCAUGAGCUGUUCAAGACGGACGAAGCACUCGUGGAAGAGAAACCAUUCAAAUGGGUGGAUGCGUUCAAUCUGCAAUAUCGUGUGUUUACUUACUCCCCUGUGCUUUACUUCACGGCGACAUUGCCACCAUCUAGAUUGGAGGAAGAUUUUCUCUGGGCAGAGGAGGUAUUCAAAGACGCCGAAGCAUUUUCGGACAUCGCAAAAAAGCAGGUCGAGCAGGAACGAGGAAGGGAGAAACCUUUCUAUUACAAAAGACCCCCGGCCGCCCUCAAGCUGGACCAGUUGCGCAGGGAUUGCACCCAGGCCAAAAACGAGGCUUACGAAGAGUUCAAGCAUUUCCACUUUCGGAGGAAGUAUUACCACGUCCUGACGGACUUGACCACCAAGACGUUGGAGCAGGUCGAACCGAGGCAUUGGCAGCGGCGGAUCGUGAACUGGGCCCUCGAUGAGCUUCGCCUGGUCGAGGAGGAAGUCCGGAAGCUGCCCGGGUCGUCUGAAAUUCCCAUGAUUGCUGCCAAGCGAGGGCGCAAAAGGGCGCGAUUCACAACCGCCGAGCCAGCCAUUCGCCUUAUACCAACGCGCGCUGAUGAAGCAAAGUCCUCUAAGCGCUGGAGCGACAAGGAGCGCAAGGCGAAGCGGCUAAAACUGACACUCGAUGAGUACCCCUUCCCGCCGGGAGAUAGGUCGAUGUCGUCGACCUCGUCGAUAGCUGGUAGACUCGAGUGGGCUUCAGAGAGUGACUCUGAUGCUUCGCCGGCACCGACCGACGGCGGGAGCAACGACGAACAAGAGGGAGAGGAUGAGAGGCGGAUCGUCACAGGCGAGAGCAGUGGACAAGACAAGCAGGCCUCGGCGGAGCCGAUUGACGAUGGCGGUAGCAAUGUCCAACAGGAAGAGGAUGAUGGCAGGCAGAGUGCCACAGGCGAGAGCAGUGAGCAAGGCGCCGCAGCCGAAACGUCGAGUUCAUCCCGGACAUCACGCGCCGAGUAUCAAGCGGCGCUUUCUCCUAUACAGCCAGAUGCCGACAAGGACGACCCGACACGCCGACAAUGUACACCACCAGCAUCAGGCAAUGGAGAUGAGCAACACCUCCCCCAGGGAGCAGCGGGUGAGCAGCAGGCCAUCACGGAUAAGGUGCCAGCUCCGCGGGAAUCUCAGCCACCACGACGCAGCGCUCGCAUCAUAGCGAAACUGGCUGAGCAAGCCACUGCUCUGACGGACAAGCUUGCGGCAAGGAAUGACGCCGAGCCUCAAGCUCAGCUCAAGGGGAAAGGGAAGGCCAAGCGCCCAUUAUCAACGCCCGCAACACUUGAUGCAGACGAACCUCGGCCAAAGCGGCGGAGAACGCAUACCGCCAAGCAGACGACCACAGCUCACGGCUCAGCAGCGGGACAGGGCACUUUGUCGAGCGAUGGCCCCGGGCAACACGUGCCGCAAGAGGAGGACACCAUUCAGGAUUGCAUCACAGUCUCGUUGUCAAGCCUCGCCACGGGACCUCCCGCCGCUCACAGGUCUCAGCGAGCAAAGCCCAGGAAGCGUGCCACUUCGCGGGUCAAUCGCAGCAAGCGCAAGGCCUAG